CGUGUUUGCAGAGAGAAUGUUGUGCUCGACUUUAUUCUGUCCUCACACAAAGAAGACAUUUUAAAUCCCGUACAAAAGAAUAGGAAUACAUGUAGAUGGCAGUAGUGCAGCGAGCGGAAAGGAAAUCCACGAAGAAGAAGAAGAAGAAGAAGACGCACCGGAAGUGAGAGGAGCGGGAGAUUGGAAAACGUAAACAAACUGGUCGCUGUCGUUCUCGUUUCUUUCGUUCAGAUCAUUUUUUUUUUUGCGAAAAUGUUGAACAAGGCCCCGAAGCUGAAGAGUACGAUCAAGACGAAGGCGAAGGGGAACGUGAACUUGAGGCCGGCGUCUGAAGCGAUGGUUGAACUGAUCACGCUGUUGUUCCUGAGCAGCCUGGCAGAGGAGGCCAAGGCCAACGCGUUUGAGGAAAAGUCUGCAACCAUCAGAGCUCAUCAUGUGAAAGCAGUCUCCAAGAAAAUGCUGAAAAAAGCAAGAGGAUGAAGACGGCACAAGUGCAUCAUUAUAGUUUUAUUUUAACAUUGUCAUGAAUUGCAGCAGCAAUAUUUUUUGCUUUUUGUGAUAUAUACUUAGUUUUCUUUUGAAUCUUUUUUUUCUGCGUGUUUAUAUAAUUCCUUGUGCAAGCAAAUGGUCUGUAUCUCUUUUCCUGCUUUGAUAGUUUUAUUAAAUUCUUGUGGAUCUUAAAA